AUGUUCCUGGACAACUACCGUCCUAACGGUAACAUAGAGAACCCUUACUGUACCGGUAUAGAUGGCAUCCUGGAGGCCUAUCACGAGAGUCUGAAGACUGUUCAGCUCUACGGACCAACCAACUUCGCCCCUGUAGUCAACCAUGUGGCCAGGUAUGCUGCAGCAGUUCAGGACGGGUCCCAGUACUUCAUCCUCCUCAUCAUUACAGAUGGAGUCAUAUCAGACAUGGCUCAGACCAAGGAGGCCAUCGUCAACGGGGCUAAACUGCCCAUGUCCAUCAUCAUCGUUGGAGUGGGACAGGCUGAGUUUGACGCCAUGGUGGAGUUGGAUGGUGAUGACAUCAGAAUCUCUUCCAGAGGGAAGCUGGCAGAGAGAGACAUUGUCCAGUUUGUCCCAUUCAGAGACUACAUGGAUCGCACAGGGAACCAUGUCCUCAGUAUGGCCCGGCUAGCCAAGGACGUCCUGGCUGAGAUCCCUGAUCAGUUCAUCUCUUAUAUGAAGAGUCGGGGCAUCAAACCCAACCCUGCACCGCCCCCCUACACACCCUCUGGACAC